AUGUCGGACCUCGAAUUGACGCUGGAGAGACUGCGCAACGCGUAUGACAAGCCUGAAUACGCAAAGGGCCUUAAUACGGCGUUGAGAAAGGCAUUAAGGCUAUUUGCCGCGGCUGCCAGACUGGACUUUGUCCAAGACAAUGCGGGCAACAUACACAUCUGGAAGCAUGGUCGGGAUCCCGAACUAGCAAACAUCGCAAUAGCCUUCCAACUAGAUGAAAACCGCUCACGUGCUUCUUGUGAAAGUGCGUUUCGCCUCUUCCACCAGCUGCAACGGGAGAAUUUACUCUGCGGCGUCACUCUGUUGGGCUGGACCUCAGUGGGCGACGAUGACCUCGGACGCGAACUGUGGGAAAUGUGUGGUUCCAUGUCGAGAAAACAGCCAGUGCAGCCUGAACUCGAGCAGUUUGCGACAUUUGAAGACGUGUCGAAGUUUCAGUUGUCGGCGGUCUUUGAAGUGGCCGAUACACAAGAUAUGCCUUUGGAGGCAGAAGGAGCACCUGUUAUCAUCGAACACGUCAAGAAAGCAGCCUCCUCAGCGGUAGCAACCAGGCCAGCAGUCCGGAAACAAAUGCGAGCGCCAGAAGUACGCAUCAAGGGCCGAGGUGCUGAAGCGACCGGCUUUGAAGCAAUCAAGACUUACAGCGCAUAUGUCGGGGCGUUAUUUGACAACUUCGACUAG